AUGGUUAUUGCAAAAUUUACAUUUUGCGAUCUGAGCGUCUCGCAUCCUGUUUCGGAAUCAACUAUUGUCAGUGAGAUGAUAAGUGUGGUCAAACAAAAUUUCCCUUAUGUUUAUGAAGACCUCAUACUGUUUGGUUACACUGUAGAUGGGAUGUCAGAUGUCAUUAAUCACGAUUCGAAUAUGAGGUUUUUCAUUCAUAACUGCAGCACGAAAUGGAUUGACGUGUUGAAGUUUAACAUCCAGUUAAGGGGCAUUAUCCGUGAAGAUCGUCCACCAACCAUCAUAUCAGAUUGUGGAAUUGGCCUUUUGAAGCAUGUCCCUGAGAUCUUCCCAAAUGCUCACCAUUUGUACUAUUUGUACCAUAUGAAAGGAAAUAUUCCUGUUCCAAAGGGCAAGAGUAGGCAAAAUGCAUUGAAGUUAUUUGAAGAGUGCUACACUGCAUUAAUAAGGGAGAAAUUUUAUGCUACUGCGAAGACUAUGAGCAAUAUAAAGUUGGAUUCAGUUAUCGAUUGGAUGACCAAGAUGGAUUCCUGUGGGGUUUUCAACGGGCAUCUCUGCGGUAAUCCAACAGAAACUUCCCAGGAGGUCACCGAUCCCAGGAUUUCUCCCGCCCGAGCACGCUUAACUGAAGAGGAGUCAAUUGUGCUGAAAAAGCCUCGGCAUGAUAAGAAGCUUUCAUCACUUGAGCUUAUCGAUGAUAUUCGUGUUAAGGUAAUGGAGAAGAAUUACAAGAGGUUAUUGAAGUCUAGUAAGUGGACUACAAGGCUUACUCCCCGGAUGCAGGAUAGUCUUAACAAGAGGAUAACCGACUAUUGUUUUUACAAAUUUCAAAGAUCAAGUGACAAAGUUUUUGAGAUAAUUUCUGCAACUGGAAAACAUAUUGGGGACUUGGAAGCUAAAACAUACAGAUGCAAUUGGUGGCAGAAACACAACUUUCCUUGCACCCAUUCAACGAAAGCAAUGUUGCAGAUAAGGGAAGAUAAACCGUACAAGUACGACAUCCCUUACUAUAAUACAGAGUACUGUUAG